UAACACGCAUUAUACAUAUCCCACUGCACCUGAAGAUACCGCUAUUGCAUUUGACACAUCCUGACGCAAGCUAACAGUUAGCAUGGCUGAGAAGGAGCUGGGGAAAAAAUGGGACAGAUGCCUGGCAGACACUGCCAUCAAAGUCGGCACUGGACUGGGCUUAGGAAUCGUGUUUUCUGUCCUGUUUUUCAAAAGACACACAUGGCCGAUUUCACUGUGCUCUGGAGCAGGGCUUGGCAUGGCUGCUGCAAACUGUCAGAAUGAUCUGAGAUCACAUUAUCUGCUUCACAAGACUGAAAAGGAACAAUAACUGCAUGUCAACGUGGGACUGUCUUUUU